CUAGUCCAGGACUAGAGGGUGCAGUGCAUUCAAUUGCUUGCUUCCUCUUCCUCCCCUCCUCCUUCCCCAAAGCAGCAAGGCCAGCCUGUGUUUCCCAAACACCCACAGCCAUCACCUCCUCUUCUUCCUCUCUGCAGUAGGGGUGCUAGGCUAGGGUAGCUAGCUAGCUACCAUCAUCAUGAGCUCAAUGCCACAAGAAGCCAUUGCUCCCCAUCCUUCCUAACCUUCCUGCUGGUUUUGCAAACAUCCCACACACACACAAAGCAGUGACAGUGAGUGCCAAUGCUGAGCUCUUGUGGUGGCCAUGGCCAUGGAAAUCCAAGAAGCUUGCAAGAAGAACACCAUGGCAGAUGUGGUGAGCAGCAAGGUGGAGGAGGAGGAGGAGGGCAAGAGCAAGAGCAAGAUGGGUUCUUGGUGAGAGAGGCAAGGGCAUCCCCACCAUCUCCAUCUUCUUCAUCAUUUCUUGGAUCCACAAGCUCUUCUUGUUCUGGAGGAGGAGGAGGAGGGCAGAUGUUGAGCUUCUCCUCCCCCAAUGGAACAGCAGGGUUGGGCUUGAGCUCAGGAGGAAGCAUGCAGGGGGUCUUGGCAAGGGUCAGGGGGCCGUUCACCCCAACACAGUGGAUGGAGCUGGAGCACCAGGCACUGAUCUACAAGCACAUUGCUGCAAAUGUUUCUGUCCCUUCCAGCUUGCUCCUCCCCAUCAGGAGAAGCCUCCAUCCAUGGGGAUGGGGAUCAUUCCCUCCUGGCUGUGCUGAUGUAGAACCCAGAAGAUGCCGCCGCACAGACGGCAAGAAGUGGCGGUGCUCCAGAGAUGCUGUUGGGGAUCAGAAGUAUUGUGAGCGACACAUAAACCGUGGUCGCCAUCGUUCAAGAAAGCAUGUGGAAGGCCGAAAGGCGACACUCACCAUUGCAGAACCAUCCACGGUUAUUGCUGCUGGUGUAUCAUCUCGCGGCCACACUGUGGCUCGGCAGAAGCAGGUGAAAGGCUCAGCUGCUACUGUCUCUGAUCCUUUCUCGAGACAAUCCAACAGGAAAUUUCUGGAGAAACAGAACGUUGUCGACCAAUUGUCUCCCAUGGAUUCAUUUGAUUUCUCAUCCACACAAUCUUCUCCAAACUAUGACAAUGUAGCAUUGUCACCACUGAAGUUGCACCAUGAUCAUGAUGAAUCUUACAUCGGGCAUGGAGCAGGCAGUUCAUCAGAAAAAGGCAGUAUGAUGUACGAAAGUCGGUUAACAGUCUCUAAGGAAACACUUGAUGAUGGACCUUUAGGUGAAGUUUUCAAAAGAAAGAAUUGCCAAUCAGCUUCUACAGAAAUCUUAACUGAAAAAUGGACUGAGAACCCCAACUUACAUUGCCCAUCUGGAAUCCUACAAAUGGCUACUAAGUUCAAUUCAAUUUCCAGCGGCAACACAGUAAAUAGUGGUGGCACCGCAGUGGAGAAUCUUAUCACUGAUAAUGGAUAUCUUACUGCAAGAAUGAUGAAUCCUCAUAUUGUCCCAACACUUCUCUAAGGCUGUGUUUGAAAGUUCAUGUUGGAUUCGCAAAUGAUUGAAAGUACGUUUAUGGAUGGUUCUAUAAGUUCCUGUUGUUUCCUUCGUUAUGUGUUCUUGUGUUCCUCACCUUUUUAUCUUUUGGUUGAGGUUGGUAUGUUGUAAUUUUCUCCUGUGCUACCUUGUAAUAUGCUGAAGUUAAAUGCUCUUCUAAAAAUUUCUGUUGCAAUCCAAGAUUCAGGAUUUAUGUGUCCAAUUCUGAAUUUUAAUGAA